AUGAUUUUAAGGAAAUCUGCUUUGUGUCUGCAGAUUGAACCUGCUUACAAAAACACGUUCCCUUCUUCCUUUGUCUCCUUGGCCGUUGUGAGCUUCAGGCAGGGAUCAGUCAUCAACACCAUAGCACUUCAGUUUGUAAACUCAUCUGUUCCAAAUGACACUGAGAUUAAAAGUGUUUUGAUCAGUCAAGCCUCAAACGUGACAGGCUUUGACAUCGAAAGGGCCUCCAUCACUGUCAGUGACACAUUGAUCCCAACAACUACCACAGUUACCCCAACAACAAACACAUCAACAACAUCAACGACCACAGCAACUCCAACAAUUACAACAUCUGCUGCAACAACUACUACAUCUACUCCAACAACAACCACAGCAGCUCCAACCACUACCACAACUACAAAAGCUCCAACUGCACCUGUCCAAGUUUUUCUGUUUCUACAGUUCCUUGAACCAUAUGUACCUGAUCUCACAGACCCCACCAGCAGUGUAUAUCAAGAUCGCAAAAGACGAGUUGAAGAUACGUGUAAUAGAAUCUACAAACCAAUAUUUCCUUUCUUCAUCCGUGCCAUUGUGAUUCGGUUCAGUCUUGUUAGAGUUCAAACACGAGUGGAUGGAACUGAGGCAGUGGUGGAGCUUGUAUUCAAUCAAACAGCGCCCAAUGCACAAGUCCCAAAUAAUACUACUGUUGUUCAGACUUUGAAACAGGCUAUUAACAGUUCCAGCAGCAAUUUCAGCAUCACCAUAGUUCCUGACACAAUAUCAGUAACGUCUGUUCCCGUCAAUGCCACGACUGCUGCACCAACUACUGCCAAUUCCACUACUGCUGCACCUACAGCUUCCACAACUACAAUUGCUGUAUCUACAACUACAGCUUCAAGUGGAGAAUGCCACAAGAUUAAUCCCAGCACUGUUUUCUCCCUGGUGCUCUUGCUAUGGCUACUGUCAAACCAGCAAUAGCAUCUGUGCUGGUUUCCAUGUGAAUGGCCAGCAGAACACAAACUCUUUCAUUGAAAUGAAAAAAAAAGAAAAAAAUUAGAAAUCCAAGCCAUGUGAUUGUCUUAAGGGUUGUUUGGCUUCAGAUGAACUUAUGAUCAAAUGCAACACAUUGGAAAUAGUCUGUUUGGUAUUUUUGUCAAUGUGAAACGACUCUGGCAUAAACAGAAUGACACAGACUUUAAGCACCCAGUUAGUUUAAUCAUCAACAACAAAUUUGACCUAACAAUGCAUGAAAUUAAAUAUAUCCUGUGGGUGGCCCUGUAGUGUAGAGGCAUAGUACUUUACACAGUUGAGCUCAUUCAAUUUUAAAAAUUCAAUUUUAUUUAUAUUGCCAAGCUACAACAAUAGUCACCUCAAGGUGCUUUAUGUUGUAAUGUUAAGGUACUUUUAUUGUAAGCACCCUACAAUAAUACAGAGGAGAAAACACUGGCCUGUUUAAGUGGCCUGAUUUUAUGUCCAGGUCACUUGCUUGUAAGUGUGUCUCUGCCUUCAUGUUUACUUACUGUUUCUAUUUCUCACUGGAAAAAAAGGCCCAAAAGACAGACAAGUUUUUAAAUUUUUAAGAAUAUUAUUCACAACUCAUUCAUUAUUUUUAAAUGCUUGUAAACCUGGGUUUGACUUCAUAUAUAUAUAUAUAUAUACACACUAUAUAUCACAAAUUAUAUGUAAUAGUGUAAACAGUAGAUCUACAGGUGUCCCAAAAAAGCACAGUCACUUUUCUAAUUUAUACAAAAUGUAUUUUUAUAAUUUUCCAUUUCUGUAUUCUGUGAGAAUUCUUUCUUUGUACAUUUUCUGUAAGAAAAGUUAUAAUGACCAGAAUACAAAAUUUAUGAGAAAUUUAAACUGUCUUCUGUGAUGUUUAAUGG